AUGACUUUGGCAAAACAGGCAUGCGACUGCUGUCGUGUUCGGCGGGUAAAGUGUGACGGUGAUAAGCCAUGUAAUCGUUGUCUUCAACACGAUUUGAAAUGUACUUAUCUACAACCAUUGAAAAAAAGAGGGCCCAAAAAUAUCAGGUCAAGAAGCUUAAAGAAAAUUGCAGAAACGCAAACGUUCAGUGAAAAUAACAACUGUAUGACGGCUUUAGAAAUAUCUUUGAAAGUUCCAAAGAAGGUUAUUGAUAAAUGUCUAAGGCUGUACCACGAUAAGUUAUAUGUUAUUUGGCCCCUGCUCUCCUACGAUGAACUUCAUAAACUUCUGGAGGAAAAAUACGAUGACACCCACGCAUAUUGGUUUCUGACCGCUUUGUCAGCGGCCACUCUUAGUGAUUUGCAAACGGUAAUAAAGCUUGAAGAUGGUACUUCUUUCAGUGGGAGACAGUUGACGUUUCUUUGUACAUCAUCUCGCCAGCAAUUCGAUGAUCUCGAUAACAGCGAUCUGUUUAAAAUUAUGACAUACUACUGCUUGCACCGGUGCUUCUCACAGUUUUCUGAUACAAAAACUUCAUACAGACUCUCUUGUGCAGCUAUCAGCCUCAUUAAGAUUACAGAAUUUCAUCGUGAAAAGACAUAUGAAUCUCUUCCAUUUGAGGAUCAGCAGCUUUGGCGUAAGAUUUAUUAUUUACUUCUCUUGACGGAAAGAUACUAUGCUGUAUACAUUCAUUGUUCAACAAGUCUGGAUUCCACAAUCACCCCUCCGCAACCUGAGCCUGUCACUGACCCUCGCCUUUCCCUAGAUAGUUUUCUCGAAAUGAUUAGGGUAUUUACUGUGCCAGGAAAAUGUUUUUUUGAUGCUUUAGCUACUGACUCUUCUAAUGCAUCCUGCACUGAAGACUCGUUGAAGAAAAUAUGGAAAGAACUGCAUACAGCAUCAUUAGAAAUAGAGCCAUGGUCUUAUGGUUACGUUGACAUUUCAUUUUCCCGACAUUGGAUUAGAGUACUCGCUUGGAAACUAGUCUUACGGACAGAAAAUAUAAACUUUUUAUCUGGCUCUAACAAUGCACAAAUACCAAUUGAAAUUGCAAGAGAUAUGCUAGACGACGUGUUCUUAACGCCAAGCAAUCUUUAUGGAGUUCAUGGCCCCGGCAUACCAGCAAAGGCACUAGAAGUAGCCAAUGCAUUAGUGGAUGUCGUGAAUCAGUAUGAUCAAAAUACUGAAUCGGAAGCUUGGAAAGUUUUGUGCGAGAUUUCCAAAUUUGUUUUCUCUCUAAAACAGUAUGAUGGAAAAUUGGUUGAGAAUUUUGUAACUAAAUGCCAGAGUGCUCUUAUUACUCUCCCAAUCUCUAAAUCUCUAAAAACAAAUGAAGAUUUGCAUAAAACAUGA